AUGGACUGGACCAGAGGCCACAUUAUAGGCCAUGGCUCUACAGCAGCCGUGUCGGUCGCCAUGUCACGCUGCACCGGUGAGAUUUUUGCUGUCAAGUCCACGGAGUUGUCUCGAUCCGAAUUCUUGGAAAAAGAGCAAAAAAUUCUAUCAACAUUGAACUCUCCUUACGUAGUUGACUACAAGGGGUACGAUGUAACUAGAGAGAACAACAAGGUAAUGUUCAAUCUUAUGAUGGAGUACAUGCCCGAUGGAACACUCAUCGAUGAAAUUAGGAAACAGGGAGGCCAAUUGAAUGAGGAAUUGAUUCGACACUACACGAAACAAAUUGUUCAAGGCCUAGAUUACCUACAUUCGAAAGGGAUAGUACAUUGCGAUAUCAAGGGUCACAACAUUUUGUUAUGUAACACUGGUGCGAAAAUUGGGGAUUUUGGAUGUUCUAAACGGGUUGAUGGUGUGACAAUUGGUGGCACACCUAUGUUCAUGGCACCAGAAGUAGUUCGUGGGGAAGAACAGGGGUUUCGUGCUGAUAUAUGGGCGUUAGGAUGCACGAUUAUUGAAAUGGCCACAGGUGGUUCACCGUGGACUAGUUUUGUUACAACUAGUGUUAAUAACUCUGCUUCAUUGCUAUACCAUAUAGCAUUUUCUGGGCUAACACCAGAAAUUCCCAAGUUUUUGUCAUCACAAGCAAAGGAUUUUUUAAAGAAAUGUUUGAGAAGAGAUCAGAAACAGAGAUGCUCAGCGAAAGAGCUACUCAAACAUCGAUUUCUUGAUUUAUACAACGAAGAAAAUCAAGAUUUCAAGACGUGUUCUCCAACAAGUGUGAUUGAUCAAUGCAUUUGGAAUUCGAACGAAGAAUCAGAAAUCAUUGAUGAUUCAAUACAAGAAAUGAGUCGUUGUUUAACGGAUUUGACUCUACAAAGGGUAAGAAAAUUGGAAUUACAAUCAGGAAAACCAGAUUGGAAAUUGGAUUAUGAGUGUUGGAUCAUGGUAAGAAAGAAAAGUGUAAAAAUGGCAUGA